UUUGGGGGUGGGGCAGCGUAGGGUCAAAUGCGUAAAUCGCCCCUGAUCAAGAAAAAGAUAUUUUGACAACAAGUAUCAAACCCCCAAAUGCUCAACAAAUAUCCUCUCAAUGUUCAAAAUUAGAAACUUUCCACCGCCAAAGCUAACAGGCCAAGGAGCUGAGCCGGGCACCUCUAAGAGACACGUGGCACCCCCAUCAAACAUGCUUCCUCACACUAACCCGGUCCGGAUGACAAGGUACCUAUGCUGUCGAAUCGUCUCCACCUUACACUUUCUUCUGCCCUUACGGAAACCCUUCACCGCCCAUACUAGUCGUUUCCGCUAAAAAAGCAAUUCCACGGAUGGGCCGAGGGAAGGUCGAACUGAAGCGGAUCGAAGACAAGAGUAGCCGGCAAGUCUCCUUCUCCAAACGCCGGAAUGGAUUGAUGAAGAAGACUCAUGAGUUGGCGGUGUUGUGCGACGUGGACGUCGCUCUUUUCAUCUUUUCAGGCAGAGGAAGACUCUAUGAGUUCUCAACCGGUGAAAGCAUGAUUAAGCUUCUCACCCGCUACCAAAGCUAUAAGAAGACAGAGGAACUUACCCGCAUAAGCGUGCACAAGCAGAAGCUUGAUUCUGAAAAUGUCUGUAGCGCUGAUGAGCUGACACAGAUACUCAAAUGGCACCUCGAAGAGAACAAUAUUCAACUGCUAGAUACAACCGGUCUCAAUCAGCUGGAGCAGCAAUUGGAUAGCCUUCUCCAACAAGUCAGAAUCAGGAAGACGCAACAAAUGAUGGAAGUUGUGAAGGCUCUGCAAGAGGAGGAAAUGCAACUGAAGAAAGAAAGAAAUUUUAUGAUGGAGGAGAUUAUGGCAGCAAGGUCGGAUGGGAUCGACGACGACUCUGGUGAUCCCUCACAGCCACAACGUCCGGUGAUGGACGCUCAGAUUAUCUGGUGAUGGAUGUCUUUGGAAAGCAAUCCCCCUAUCGUUUUCCUGUGAUGGCAAGUGUUCCACCAAAUAUAUAGCAGCUUCGUUUUGCAAGCAAUGUCAAAGUGACAUUAGUCAUAGUAGACAUAUUCACCCUCCUAUCUUGCUGUGUCUAAUAAGUUAAUCUAUUGCUGUUUAUACAUUUCUAGCAGUGAAACUGUGUUGUUUGACCCCCACCGAUUUCCCUAAAAUCGAUGAAUAACCAGCCAUGUAAAAUAACUGUAUGGAGCACAAUUAAUUUUCCAUGUAUGUGAGUAUGUGUUUGUGUCAACCAUAUCAACAAAAUGUGCAUAAAAUAGAGACAUUAUCCUAACUAUUGUACUUUUUUAUCUUUUGACAGCAAUUGAUCUCUACUUGUUGCUAGAUGCUGUCAUGUAGUCAUAUAUAUAUAUAUAUAGGGAGAGAGAGAGGUUUUCAAGGGAAAACCCCCUCAAAAAUGAA